AUGUUUGUGCAUCAGCUGCGUCAAAACAGAGUGACGAUGUGCGACAAACGUCUGCUUCUAAAUGUGCUUCCGGAUAAUAUAAGUUGGAGCCGUUUCAUAUGGGCUUGGCACGUAGUCAAUACCAGAUGUAUUUAUCGGGAAAAUAAAUUUCACCCAUUGGUUGAUAACAGUCAAGGAGACGCACUCGCAAUUGUACCUCUGAUUGACAUGCUUAAUCACAGCAAUGAAAAUCAGGUUUGUGCUGUCCUCUGGAUGUACCAGCCUGUGAUUAUAUAA